ACGACGACGACGACGACGAGCAGCAGGAGGAGGAGGAGCAGCAGCAGCAGCAGCAGGAGGAGGAGGAGGAGGCCAACAGCAGCAACAUCCAUGAUGAUGAUGAUGAUGAUGAAAACGAUGCUGCAGUGGAGCUCCAUCAUCAGGAGUCGAGUCCCAAGAAAAGUUCAAGGAGGAAAAGGAAGAGUGUUGACGAGAAUCAGACGUCAGAGACGAUUCAGAAGAAACAAAGAAACAAAUCAGUCCCUAAGAAGUCACUGAUGCAGCGUUUCCUGCAGCUGUUACAGACGGCACCGGGCGGGUGUCUGAACCUCCGGCGCGCGGCUGAACUUCUGGGCUGUCGAAACCAGCGUCUCAACGAGUUCAGGAACGUCAUGUACGGCCUCAACCUCAUCGAGUCGGACUCCACCGCCAUCACGUGGAUAAGCCAGUGUCCCGUCAUCAGCUUCCUCAUGAGGUACGAGACGUUCCAGGAGGAGCUGCAGCUGCGGGAGGAGACGCUGGACGCGCUCAUCAGAAGCUGCAGCAAGCAGCUUUUCACCGUCACUGACGACCGGGAGAACGCAGCGAUGGCGUACGUCACUCACGGCGACAUCGGCCGAAUCCCGACUUUCCGGGAUCAGACGGUGAUUGUCGUCAAAGCUCCGGACGGAACCACACUGAAGGUUCCUGAACCUGAAGAGGACAGGAUCCAGGUCCACCUGAAGGGGGCGGGUCCCAUCACAGCGCUGACCUGUGACCUCAGGACUGAAGACACAAGCGUCUUUGUCUCACUGGAGGAAAGUCCGAUGAAGACGAUGAAGACCGAAUCUUCAGGUUCACAGAGUGUGUGCAGCUGACCACCAGGAGGCGCCACCUGUCCUCAGGUGUGUGGGAGGAAGAUUUAUAAAUAUGUAUAUAAAUAAAUGAACGUUCUGCAGAGACACAAAGAGCUGCUACAAAGUUUUUGUUUUAAGUGUAUUUUCAAACCUCAAAUAAACUUUUACUAAAUUCA